CCCCUGCACCGCCAUGGCUGCCCUCCUCCUCCUCCUCCUUCAGGCCACUGCCACCUCAGCCUUUCUCCUCUCAUCUCCCUCCUCUGUCUUGACAUCAUCCUCUCCUGCCUCGUCCCUUUCCCUUGCGUCGCAGAGAUCUUCCUCUCCUCUCCAUGCCCGCCCGACUCCGUGUCUCGGCGCUCCAUCGUUCCAUGCGCAGCAGAAGGGCUUGAUUUCUCUGCGCAUGUCCGAGGAUAACGAAGAGGAGAUGGCAAAGAAGUACUAUGAGCAGAACUCAGGCCUCGGAUACAGGAAGAACGAUCAGGAUGUCUUGCUUUUUGCCACAGGUGCCCUCAUCCUCUUCAUCCCCCUCAUCUUCGUCGGGAUCGCCAUUGCGACAGGAUACGUUCCUCUGGAUUACUUGAGAUAAGCGUGCCUUGAUGUCAAACUCCUCCUCCUCCUCCUCCUGCAUCGAUCUUGUUAAGUCGAAUGUGCGAAUCAUAAGGAGGGGAGGGGAGGAUAGUCCUUACCUCCCAUCAGCCCUGCUCCUACCCGC